AUGAAGUUCGGCUUAUACUUUCUACCACUGCUUUUGGUUUUUGCUACUUAUGGUUUUUUUAAUUUUGUCUUAUAUAAUAAACAGUUUUUUAAACCUUGGUGAGAAAUAUGAAGACUUCUAGUUUCUUGUAUCAUCUUUAAAGAAAGGAAAUUCCAACAAAAGCUUGCCAUUUUCUGAAAAGUAAAUACUUGGUGAAGGCCUAGUAAGAAAUCUCAUAAAAAAGCUCUUACUUUUCUGAGAAUAAAUAGGCCGAAAACUGUUCGAGAAACUAUAACUUCGAUCCGAAAAGUUAGAACUUCUGCCAUUUCACAUCAUCCAGUGGAUCAAAUUUGGCCUAAUAUCAUAUAAAUCAAAGUUCCGAGUAGGAUAACCUAUCUAAAUCUCUUUAUUUUUUGUUAAAAGGGUAUUUAGACCGCGCGGAAGCCCUAACGGAGUGUGAGCAAUGUGUUGCCGCAGUCGAUCUUCUUCAGGUGGCCUGGGGAGAAAAAACAACGGAAGCCUGUGUUGGUGGGAUCAGAAACAUGAUGAUUCGAUUCCAAUUUAUUAGUUCAGUCGACUUGGCCAUUUUCAUUUGCGAAACCUUUCACAUAGUGGACAAUUUCAUCUGCAACGUCAUCAUCAACGAUUUUAAGUUGAGUUGAGCAAAAUUUUUGGUUUAAAAGUAACAAAGCUUUGCGAUUGAAGCUCAGAUUUUAACUCUGGAAAAAAAAUUCAGCUUAUAUUUUUUUUAGGAUGAGUUCAUGUGGGUCGUCGAGCGAGUGAUCAUAACUCCUCAUGAAAUGUGCGGCCUUCUCAUGAACGACAGUGAGAUUUUUAUCAGCUCCACCCUUUAAUGUCGCUAGUGAAAGAAAAAAUAAGAUUGUUUCCUUUUUCAAGUUUCGUUUUUCCCUGAGGUGAGCUCAAAUAAUCUAACUGCAUUUUCUGGGCUCGAAAUGAAGGACUUUCUACUGGAAUUUUUCUUGAGUCUCGAUUUUCCAAUUCUCAAAGCUCACUAUUUCGAACGUUUGAGAUCCUGAAAAUCAGAAUGUUGUGAUUCCAGGAUCUCAAACGUAGAAAAAAAAAUACCCCCAAAAGUUGAAAACUUCGAAGAGAAGAUUUUUUUUUGAAUUGUGACAAAAAGCGAUAAAAUGUAUUCCAUGUACUUUGAAGACUGUGGCAACUUCACGAAUCCGCUUCUGAGCAAAUGGGACAUUCCGAUUCCUGGAGGACAGCCGCCGUUCUAUCGUCCAGAAGUCCCACAGGGCAAACCGACAUUGAGAGCUCUGCACUUGACGGAUCUGCACGUCGACAUGUUCUACACGCCAGGACUCGAGGCCCAGUGCGACACUCCGCUUUGCUGUCGCCCGCAGGACAUAAACAGUGUUCGCCUUUUUUGGUUCCCCAAGAAAUUCGAGCUCAUUUUUUUUCCUCUUUCGAAAUUCUUUGGAUGUUGACCAGACUUCUUAGUGAUGUACCAGUCGAAGAUCCUGUGAGAAAGGACAUCUUCAAAGAAUUACAGUUUUCGUUCGUGCCGCCAAUUGUUAAAAGUCUUUAGAAAUCAGGGUUCCGAAAAUUUCACACUAUUAAAAUCUCAAAUUUUUUUUAAUUUUUCGUUUUACGGGCAAAGUUCACGAAGAUAAAAAAAGCAACUUUUUGGUGACCAUCUGGGUUUUGAGUUCAGGAUCUAAAGGAUGGAGAGUUAUCCAAAUCAAAUUUUACAUCUUUUCUAGUUUCGACAGGCUCAAAUAAUCUAAAUACUUCUCUGGGUUCAAAAAAAGGUCUUUCUACUUUAAAACUUUCCUUCAAGCCGCUAUUUCUCAAAAAAAGUUGGGCAGUUUGACGUUUUCAAGAUCUUAAUCUGUUACAUCCAGGAGUAUUCUGAAUGAAAUUCAGGAUUUUUUCAUUUGCAAAGAAAACUGACCUUCCUUGCGAUCUAUUCUCGGAAAAAUACUGAAAAAGGAAAAAAGAAUUUCAGGAAAUCGCCCUGGGAGCCGUCAAAGAACCAGCUCAGUACUGGGGAACUGUCGGCAACUGCGACGCUCCUUACUAUUUGCUCACCAACAUGCUCCAGCACAUCGCUUCCAGCAACGAAAUCGUUGACUGAAAGGUCUUUCUGGAGAUAAUUGAGAAUGGUUCAGAUCGACUACGUCAUGGUCUCCGGAGACGUCGUCUCUCACGCCGUCUGGGCCUACACCAACGACGCUCACGCAGCCAUGGUCCGCAACAUUUCUGACACGAUUCGGAGGUCUUUCGAAGAAAUUUAUUAUUUCAAAAUCUUGGACCUUUUCAGUUACUUUCCCACGACUCCAGUGUACUUUGCUGUAGGGAAUCAUGAAGGAGUGCCCAUCGACAAGUGAGGGACUUUUUUUUUUUAAAAAUAUGCCAUGAAUGAAGCAGUAAAUAGUGUUUGGAAUGGUUCGACGCGUAAUGUUAGAGAUGAUUUUUUCAAAGCUCGUCAGACUUGAAAUGACUUGCCUCUUGAGCCAUGAUGAAGCAUUCGAGAAAGCUUAAGCUCAGAUGCGAUUAUUUGAUCCAUUCCACGUGCAACCACUUGCCUUCGAGCUAGAUUGAUAGGGUUACCCUAAAAAUGACUACGAACAAAAAAUUAAUACCAUAGUGUUCGUUAAGAAUGAGCGGAAACGAAAAUUGUAAAACUUGUACCCAGAUUCCAAGGACCAGCAAGAAAAUUUUUUUUCUAAACUUUUUUUUUGAUUUGUUUCAAUUUUUUUUUGGAUUUCGUUUUUGAUAAAAUUUUUCAUUCAUCAUUUUUUUUUUAAUGAUUAAGUUUCGCCCCGCACUUCACUCCGAAAAAAUUCCACAUGGACUGGCUCUACGGAACGAUGGCGACGUCGUGGAAAGGAUGGGUGCCGGCCGAUCAGAUCAAGACCCUCGAAUAGUUUCUUUCAGAAUUUUUCAGAUCAAAUUCUUUUCUUGCAGUAAUGGUUGUUAUACGGUGAAUGUAGCCCCGGGGUUGCGUGUAAUUUCGAUCAACAAUGCCUACGGCGACACCAAUAAUUUGUUAGUUUUUUUUAUUUUAAUGUAACAAAAAGAUCUUUUUUUUUAAAAUUUAGUUGGCUGUACGUUAAUCAAACAGAUCCUGAUGGAACUUUACAAUGGCUUAUCGGACAGCUUCUGGAUGCUGAACAGAAAGGAGAUAAGGUGGAUUAUUGAGAAGGGUUUUUCGAAGAUCUUAUGAUCUGAACACCAGAUUGGUCCCUAUAGGGGAACUUUCAAGGGUUCCUAAGGUUGACCCUAUAAGGACCACUCUGGAGUUCCAGAGAUACUUUCUUUUGUGGGAAGAAACCUUUAAAAAUUUAGCUCAGAGACAAAAAUUCAAAAAAAAAAGUUAGAAUGUUUUUCUUUGAAAUUCAGGUUUUUUCUCUCGCUCUCCGUCUAAUAUCUAAAAAUCUUAUAGGCUUCCUGAUUUCAGGUUCACAUUGUCGCUCACAUCCCCGGUUCCAAUGGAGAAGCUCUGGAAGGCUUCGCCAUAAACUACUACAAAAUCAUGAAUAGGUUAACUUUUCAGUUUUUCAAAAUUAAUUCAAGAAUUCAGAUUUGCAAACACGGUAGUAGCGCAGUUCUUCGGACACACUCACUCGGAAAGCUUCUACAUGAUUUACGCUGACCCGGAGGAUUUCAAAUCGACUCCGACGGGGUUCCGCAAAUUCAACCAAAAAGAUAGAAUAUUCAAGCUUCAGAGUAGUGUAUUCGGCGCCUUCCCUGACAACUUACUCUGACUUUUUCCCCGCCUAUCGCAUCUUCACCAUCGACGGAGUUUAUGAAGGAUCGACCUAUGUUUGAGUUUCCCUUUUUGCGGGCCUACAACUGUAAAAUUCAGCAAGUGAUCGAUUAUGAAGAAUGGUACUUCAACCUGACCGAGAACAACGCGAAUCCUUCAAAUCCUACUUGGAAGCAUCUCUAUCAAAGCGCCAACGCCGAAUAUGGUAACCAGUUAGGACUAAAACAUUUUUACUCCGAAUUUCAAGGCCUCAAGUCGCAGUCUCCCGCUGAAUACAACAAUAUGAUCGAGAGGAUGAAAACUGACGACGUCCUCUUCCAGAAAUUCUACGAGUAGGCUCCAAGUUAUGAAUCAAAGAUAAUAUUUGGGCGAUCAGACACCACUACCGCCGCACCAAGUACGACGGUCUGAGUGAAUGUACUGGAAACUGUAAACUGGGAUAUCUUUGCUCACCAAGACAGUUCCAUCACGAGGACAAACUCUGUUCCGAUUUGCAAGGUACCAGAAAUAUGAUUAAAAAAAUAACCGAGACAGUUUAGGCUUCGAAAGAGUGUCAAUGUCGCCGCGGAAGAAGAGUAUCUACAAAAAUACGGAUGGGAAGCGUCGCAGGAACAGCGACGAGUGUCCAAUUUGA